AUGGACUCCGAGAACGUGUUCGACCUUUACAGCGCCCCUGAGGCUCCUGUUGCUCCCCCGAGCAGAAAGAAAACAAGCAAGAGGCAUCCUGGGGAAAGCAGCAAAAUGCCUCAGGCUAAGAAGCCUUGCACUGCAGGUGUCCCAGAGGAUGGACCCUCAGAAACCGCAACUCCACCACCUUCUCCUCACGAGGAGCAGACUCCCCCUACUCCUGUCGGGUCAUCUCCAUCUCCAACGGCCCCAACUGACCAGACUCAACUGGUCGGUCCUGCUACUACUGGGGGCAACAUAACUGGUCGUGCCUUCACAUCGGUCAAGGACAGAGUCGCAAAAAUUGUAAAGCACGACCGCUACCGAGAGGCGAUGGCUGCGACAGAGACAAUGGAUGUCGACCAGAACCUAACCCGUGCUUUAAACGAAUUUGCCAGUGCAUUUCUGACCCUUACUGCCGGCCGGCUACGCUCGGGUACUAUCACCGAGCAGUCUAGAUCCUUAGAGCAACAGCAUGCUGAUGAACUCAAAGCUGCCGAAGCGAAAUAUUCCGAACAGCUUACAACGAUGCUCAAGGAGAAGAACAAACUGGCUGAGGAGUUAAAGGAGAAGAAAAAUUCUCUGGAUAAAGCCAUCGAACAGAGGGACCAGUUCAAAUAUUCUAACCGCAUUAACUACCGUGAGACUAAAAAGAAUGCAAGAAACGCCGAGCUCGCUCGUUGUGCUGCUCGAAUGGCAGAAGAAGAAAGAGCGAGGAUUCCUGCUUCCCCUGAGAUCUCGCUGGCCACUGGGAUGGACAAAGGAGAAGUUGAUGCUGAAGAAGUGAUACUCUACAUAUGGUGCCAUCCACCUAUUCGCCAUUUGGAUUACCAGAGUGGUCUCUGCUGUUUGGAUGCUUGGUACAUAUUCGCUUGA